CAUCGUAUCGUAGUUGAAGUGAGUAGUAUGAGUAUGACUCAGAUCAGAACGAUGAUAAAAGAUCUGCCGUGCCGCGCGUGAUACUAUUCUUUGUUGAUGUGAAGCAAAAAGUGUUGAUUGUGAGGGUGACGUUGCGAAUGCGAGGAGGCUCCGUCCGCGUUCACCCUCACUCGGGUGACGUUUUGGCGCCAUCGACCCAUUUAGCACGGCGGGGCGGGCAUGAAAUAAGGGGUGCACAUAGUGCGUCAUUUGUUAUUAGCUAGUGACAAUGCGAUUGCAUAAAAAUUAAAGCAAGCGCUGCAUUAGAAAAAAACUGACCCACUAGCAAAGAAUAGGCCAAAGAAAUUAAGGAUGUAUUAGUAACGGAGGAAUUAAAGGAUCGAUUUAUAUCACACGGCCCACGGCGAUUGUAAAAUGGACUCACGAUUAUUAUACAAGAUGAUGGUGUUUGAUAACGGCAGACACUAUCACGGACAGGAUGCGUAAGCAUAAGAGAGAGAGUCAGGCGUUUGCCUGCUGGCCUGCCACGUCGAGAGAACUUCAUCAAACUCCACACUCCAUCAUCUGAUACCCACACACUUGGUACAGAGGAAAUGCAGUGCUCAGUAACACUGGAAAGUGACCAUAACAGUGGGAAUGUAAAAAUGAAGACAAUUAACAAUUAUAAGAAUCCUUACAAAAAGGAACCUAAUCUUGACAACAUUGUUGAUCAGCUGUGCACACGACUCCAGGACAUCAAAGAUCAAGAAAGUGCAUCACAAGUAGGCAUGCCCACGUGUUCUCUAGAAGAAACUGAGGCUGUUCGACGAUAUUACGCUGCGUUUCCGGCUUUGAAAAAGGGUCGAGAGUCGCCAUUACCGUAUUAUCUUCCACCGCCAGCGUGGUGUCGUAAAUCAGCGGCAGAUACCAAGAUCAAAAUGCAAAGCGAAUUGUCAGUGUCUAAAGAUUGGAAUACAAAAAAUAAAAAACUAACAUCAGGCAAAGAGCGACGUAAUUCAUACCACGGUCAAAAGAAGAACAACAAGAAACGUUGCAACAGUUACAGUAGAUCCUUUGACAGCAAAGAGAUACUGCCUGAGUGGGUAACACACGAGGGUGUCUGGGACAUGGAAACUCAAGACCCGGUGAAGGAGUUCAUCAGAGCCAUAGCAUUAGACGAGGGUUACGGAACUUGCGAGAACACCGUCACAGACGAGAUCAAAGAAAUAACACAAGGCAAGAUCGGAAUGAACGAAAACAUGGUGCCCGACUGGGAUGACAGCCUCGACCUCGACGCCGAGUGGGUCAUCACUGAGGACCUCAACCCGCGCGUCCGUACGCCCAUGGAGGAGGAACUCUACGCUAAGUUCGAAGCCAAGUUCGAUCGCAGCAUCGAAGCUCUGUGGUCCAAAGACCAGAAUACACCCGAUGACGAGUAUCAGGACCUUCCGAUUGACUUCCAAGAUCUGCUGUCAUCCCCCUCCGAUCGCCUGUUUGCCGACCCGUCCGCCGAGAAAUGCAGUCUCAUAUCUCUGACCGAGAGCAUUUGGUCCACUGAAGCGGCAGACUUCCCGCCUCCGCUCGACCGCGGAGACUCGCCUUCGCGCAUCGCCGACGCUCUGCACGACCGCUUCAGGCCGCUCAACCUGACCGACGUGGUGGCCGAGCCGGAGCCGCGCGAGCUCGAGUCCUUCGCUCUGUACGAGGGCGACGAGAUCUACGACGCGCUCAGCACCGUCGCCCACACCAUGCGCUCCUUCACCGCCAUCAACCACAGCCGCGACCGCAGCGGCUUCGCCGAGGUGCCGCCGCGCCGCGCCCGGCCCCCGCGCGCCCCGCCCGCGCCGCGCUCGCCGCCGCCCCGCGCCGCGUCCCGCCCGCGCGAGGACCUGCUCACCUCCGCGCGCACGCACUUCCGCCCCAUCCGCCGCGAGCCCGACGCCGAGCCGCCGCGCUACGCCGACGGCGACACCUUCGACAUCUGCGGCGACCCCGACCCCGUGGCCUUCCGCCGCAGCGACUCGGGCGGCCUGUACCUCGGCGCGGGGCUCGAGCGCUACCUGGAGUACCGCGCCGCGCGCACCAUCGACUACGGCCGCCUCAACCUGACCGCGGCGCAGCGCUGCCCCGACCUCGACGAGCCGGGGCUGCGCCUGCGCUUCCCGCUGCGGCAGCGCGACGCCGGCGUGCAGACGGACGCGCCGGUGGCCGACGCCGCGGCCGCCUGGGCGCCGUGCGAGGAGUGCGGCCGCGCCGCCAAGAAGAUGCGCCCCAGCGCCGCGCGCUCCAUCUGGAGCUCCCGCGCGUGUCGCGCCUGCGCCUGCCCGCCCGCCGCCCCGCCCGCCCCAGCGCCCGCGCGCGAGGAGCUGUCGCGCGAGUGGGAGGAGCUGGUGUCGGACAUGAGCGAGUUCGGCGAGGCGGCGCGCGCGGACCGCAAGCGGCGGCACUCGGCGGCGCUGCGCUGCGCGGCGCAGUGCACACACCCGCACGCGCGCUUCCUGCCGUGCUGCACGCUGGCCACGGACCGCCCGCUCACGCGCUAGGCCGGUGCCGAGCUGCGGGGCCGAGGCGCGGACGCUGCCGAGCCGCCUCGGUGCUCAUCGUUUCCUUUCCCGAUCUAUCGUCCUACACUCUGUAUAUAUCUUUUUCUUCGAGCGUAUUAUUGUUUGUAUGUCGAAAGUGAGAAAUCGCAGCUUUUCAAAUUCGAAAACGACGUGCCGCCGUGAUCGGUCUCGAGAAUGAUGUCCCUUGUGGCUCGAUUGCUCCUUCAAGUGGCAUUAGAAUGAAAAAGUUAGCAAUAAAAUAGGAUUAAUUAGCGAAGCCUUAAACGUUACUUUCUCCGAGUGUCGAGGGUUGUAGAGGUACAAAAGUGGAAGGCUAGAAGUGCUAACAUAUCUUAUGAUUGUAGAUAUUGAAGGAAAGGAGGAGUUAUAUGUAACGUUAAUUUUAGUUCAAUGUUUUCUUUGUAGAGAUUUCAUAAUGAUGUAGGAAUGUUUGAUGGAAUGCUCUCGCUUCAUUGUCGAUACUCGACGAAAAUUGAUAUGUGCGAAAGUGUUCGGGAUUGUGCGUUAUUAUUAAACAAUGGCCUUGAAAUAAUUAGCAGUAUUGCUGCGUGUUAUAUAUUUAUUUUAAAAUGUUUUGUUGGGAAAAUAACUAUAUAUUUUAUUUUAGUUCAAAAUUACAUGUUAACGCAAAACGAGGCGAGAGCAUUUCAGGACAAACAUGAUAGGACGAUUCUAAUAUAAUUCUUACAAUAAUAUCGUCCCGACUUGUUUAAUAAUUUGUUAAUAUAAAAUGUAAGUAGAACAGGUAUUUUAUUUUUGUUAGUAUUUUUCGUUUACGUUUCCAGGCGAUCUAAAUUCAUUCAAAAUUUUUAUAUCGUAAAGUAAAUUGUUCUGUUUUCUUUUGCAACAUUUUUGAACGCGAUCUUUAAUGUAAGGAGAUAUUUAGAGGCAUCUCCCGUUGUCCAGCAGUGGGUACGCCUUUCGGCCGAGUGUUCGCGAAAGAUGUACCCACAGUUGUAACUGUUCUAAGCCGAACUAGUGUUAGUGCGGCUUUGUGUCCGAGGUUCGAACGAUAUCGGAGGCGGACAGUUGUGGUUUGUCCAUGUUGAAUAAGUUUUACACGCGGCGAUUUUAUUGAUUUGCCGCAUAAUAUAAUGUAGGUUGGCGAGCGCAUCGCGGGUCAGUGUUCAUUCUUGAUACUUGAGGCCCGUUGCGUUCUGCCGGAUAGUGGUAAUUCGAGGUGUUAGCAGUUUUGUAUGAAGCUGGACUAUGUUAGUGGGGGGCGCUGCAUGCAAGCCCCCUGGAGUGUCGUCGGAUACGAUGAACUAAGUGUCGUGCUCUUUGAUAUAUGCCCGGCCGACGCUGUUCACCGUUUACGGACGUACGUUUUCGUUCCGGAAACAGUUGGUUAAUUUUUUAUAAGAUGUGUCAAGCAUUGCGAUGCUCUGUGGCGGUAUUACAAACGGUGAGCAGCGACGGCCAUCAAUUGUAACAUAAUUUACAGCUCCAAGUAUGGAUUGUAACAGUUCAUAUAGGCGUAACUGUUAUUAUAGUUGAUGUAAAACAUAAGAAGUGUAUAUGUUAUAUUUUCGUAUAUUUUCAUUUUACACGGGGUGUUGUCUGGGCGCGGAUGCCGCGUUAGCGCAGCGCCCGCUCGUCACGGCCCCACACAACUUAUAUUUAUUUCAUUUGAAAGCCUUGCCUAGUUACAAUUUCAUAUUAAACUUUAAUAUUCGUGCAUACUUUUCUAUUUUAUGUGUCGUGUUUUAUAUAUUUAUUUUUAUGUAGUGUGAUUUACUUCUGUUUGUAAUAACUGAAAACGGAAAAUGUAAAAAAAAAUGUCAUUGCAAAAUUUACAUCAGGAAGGCUAUCCUUGUAUAUAUUUAGUAUAUUGUGAAAUUAAUGUAUAGUCAUUUUCAGUUCUUUUAAAUGAUGUGUCAUUAUGUUCGCUAAUUCUUUUGUCAAUUUCCUUAUCUGAAAUAUUUGAUGUUAUGUUCAUGCGGGUAGACAAGUACAUCAGUUUACAACUAUACAAUGUUUCAGAUAUUGAAAUGUUCACGUACUGUCUAAAGCUACGUUAUUAGAGAGGUUGGGUAUUUUUAAACUCAUUCAACUAAUUAAUUCACAUUCAUUUUCUCGUGUCACGUAAUGUAUUUCAUUUUUCUGUCAUAAGUUCAUAUUAUAUUGUACUUAUUCCAUUAACGAUAUUCGCUAAAGGAUACCUCGAUAAAAAAUAUUAGAAAAAGCAAAAAAAAAUGUUUAGAUUCAAGUCCGCAUAUAAUAUUAUGUUUGAUUAGUUAUUAAUCUAAUGUAAUGUGCCUAUGCACUUGAUUGUCUAUUUAUCCAGGACAUCUGAGGAUAAUAGUUUUUCAGCAAAUGUUGAAGGAAUGCUUGAACAAUUGUUGAGAAACAAAAGGAGUUUGCUGUGGUAUUCGGUAACGGGGACUUGUUACAAUCAAAUAUACGCCAAGCCUAUGCAAGCUCCUUAAAUAUUGAGUAGGACGUGAAUAAAUCUAUCAAGACAGCUAUCAUUAUGUCAUCAAUCCGUUGCUCCCUCGUCUGAUGGGUCACUUGCGUCAUUUCACGUGUUCACUUGUCGCGUACUUUAUUGCUGUGCCAAUGACAAACUGACGUAAGUGGACUUACUGGUGGUUUAUCGGUCCCCGCCAAUCACAACUCUUUUUAUGCGCCACAAAAUCAUUUGUAAGUGGCAAAUAAGAUCUUCGUCGUUAUUGUAAUAAUAUGUACUAUUGGUAUUUCAACUUUUUUACUGUCAGCAAAUAACCAAUGUUUGUUUUACACACAAUACUUAUUUCUUCUUGAGAGCAAACACUUUUUUCUGUGUAUAUGAAAUUUGGACACGUAGCAAAUCAGCACAUUAAACAAAUAAAAAGUUUAAAAAAUAUGAUAUAUCUAUUUUGCAAUGUAGACACAAAAUUCUAAAUCUGUAUUGCUCUCUCAUCAGGAACAAGUCGGCUUGUAACCGAUAGCUGUUAGUAGCCUUGGUUACAUGCAUAUUUGUUGUUUACAUUUCAUAUCAAUUUAUACAUUUUAUUUUCUUUAUGAAGUUUCGUAAAAUCAUUAGAGAUUUAAAAAAAACUUUUAAGCCGGGGUACGAGCAGUACACAAGGGAUUUCACAUCUUAUAUUUUGGGCGCCAAACUUUAAACUGCACUGCUAAAAACGAAAAAACCAAAUAAAAAAAAAUCACUAACCUUCAAUAACUUACCACUUUGAUGUUUUGUCACGAAUAAGAAUUAAGAAUUUUCGAUAUUUCUAACUAUAACUUAUUGCGAAAAUUGGCACCUUUAUUUUGCAAUUAAGUAUAGGUAAAAUAAACGACGAUACUAGGUAUGAAAGAGCUUUGAAUUAGAUUGUACCAAAAUAUGUAUACCCAUUUGAAAAUUGUUAAUUCAUUUAGAAGUGGUUAUCCCUGAAAAUAGUUACCAUUUUCAUAAUUACGUUAGGUUGUGCUCGCUACUCUGGUUCUUGCCACCUGUGGGAAGAAAUAAAAAUAAACGAUCGAUCCACA